UUAUAGCUAUAAAAAUAAAAAAAUAAAAAAAUAAAAAAUAAAAAAACUGGUAAAACCAAAAAAAUACCCAUUUCAAGAUUUUCCAUGACACAAAAAAAAUGAGGAAAAAGAAGAAAAAGUAAAAAGAAGUUAGUAGUAGAAGAUGAAGUAGUAAUUAAAAAAGAUUUAAAAAAUCAAAAAAAUUAAAGAGAACAAAUCAGAAAUGAAAGCUAAAUAGAAGAAAGCUGAAACAUUUACUUCAUAUACAAUACUACAACAACAACAAAACAGCAAAGAAAGGAAAGAGAGAGGAAGAAAAAAUUAAAAAAAAAAAAGUCCUUUAUACAAUUACAUGCCCUCCAUUUUCAACCUGCCUUUCCCCUUCCCUUCCUCUUCUUCUCUUCUAUUAUAAUUUUCUAUCUUCCUCCAUUUAUUAGAUUCCAUUUUUCUCUGUUUUUUUCUUCAUUGGAUUUUACAGAUUUUUAGCUUCAAAACCCAUCUUUUUAUUUUUCAUAAUAUUAACUUAAUGAUUUGCAAUUUUUGGUAUUAAUUUACACACUUUUAAAGACCAAAAUUGGUUCUGGGUUUCUCUGAAUUUUGAUUUUCUCACCUAAACUCCAUCUGGGGUUUUUGGUAAGACAACCCCACGGACCACUUUUCAGUGUAUAUGCCAUUAAAGGGUUGAAGAGAAUAAAUUCUUUUUUUUUUUUAAUUUAACUGGGAAAAAAAAUAUCUUUUUUAUUUUAUUUUUGGGUUGUUCAGAAAAUAAGCUUUCAUUUGCUUUUAUUUGUGGGAUUUAUAAAAAAAAAAGGACAUGGGCAAGCAAGGACCUUGCUAUCACUGUGGUGUUACAAGCACCCCACUUUGGCGCAAUGGUCCCCCGGAGAAGCCUGUUCUUUGCAAUGCAUGUGGAUCUCGAUGGAGAACAAAGGGAACUCUUGUAAAUUAUACCCCUCUACAUGCCAGAGUUGAUCCUGAUGAUUAUGAGGAUCAUAGAGUGGCCAGAGUGAAGACAAUUUCUCUAAAGAAAAGAGAUGAUAAGCUAAACAAAAGGAAACUCAGUUAUGAAAAUAUGAUGGAUGGGGGCUUUACCCCUGAUUACAGCCCGGGUUUUCAGAAGAAUAUCGAUGAAGAUACGAGUAAUAGAUCAAGUUCAGGCUCUGCCAUAUCAAAUUCUGAAAGUUGUGCGCAGUUCGGUAGUGCAGAUGCUAGUGAAUUGACAGGUCCAGCACAAUCCGUUGUGUGGGAUGCGCUGGUUCCAUCAAGGAAAAGAACAUGUGUUACUCGUGCAAAGCAAUCUUCAGUAGAGAAGCUGACAAAGGACUUGUAUACCAUCUUACAUGAACAGGCUUCUCACUUGUCAGUCUCCUCUGAGGAAGACUUGUUAUAUGAGAGUGAGGCCCCUAUGGUAUCAGUUGAAAUAGGUCAUGGAAGUGUUCUUAUUAGACAUCCGAGCUCCUUUGCACGAGAAGAGGAAUCUGAAGCUAGUUCCCUUUCUGUUGAAAAUAAGCUUUGCAGAGCAGAUGAUGGCUACUCAACCCCAGCAUCUAUGCUGUUGCUUAAUGACAGUAAGAGUAUGAGUAGAUCCUCCUUGGGCACUGAAAAAUUUAGGAAGCUAAAUGGCCAAAUUAUGCAGCUUGAGCAAGCAAAGAGGGAAACAUAUGAUCAUGAGAAGUUCCAGAUUUUGUGGAACCAUGAUUCCCCGCUGUGUCAUAUUGACUUGACUGAAAUUGUCAAUUCUGAUGUAUUUUGCAGUCACUUAACAGAUGAGGAACAGCAGGAUUUGCUCAAGUAUCUGCCAACUAUUGAUAUUUCCACAGAUUCUGAUAGUCUUGGAAGCAUUUUUACUAGCAUGCACUUGAAGGAGAACCUAUCUUCCUUUCAGCAACUACUUGGAGAUGGAGUGUUUGAUACUUCUUUCUCAGGAGUUCAAACUGAAGAUUGUAAGGUCCUCAAGAGACUUGCAAUGUCCAAUAUGACUAAAUGCAAAUGGGUGGAAUAUUACAAUAUGCUUAAGGAUAAGAGAACUAAAGAGAGUACAGGAGAGUCUGUACGCACAUCAGAAGCUAAUUGCAGCUUUUCUGUUAACCAGUUUAAUGCUAAAAGAUCACGAGAGGGUCAGAAUCGUCUUUGGCCAGAAACAAAAUCUACAACGAAGAACCCCAAAAGAGUGCUUCUAAAAGCCGAUUGCAAAAGCAAGCAAACGUUACCAAAUGAAGGUUCGUGCUUCACUCCAGCUCCGAGGAACCUCUUCACAUUCCCGAGUAAUGGCAGCUCUCUCAUGCUUGAUUCCUAUCAAUUCGAUGAUGAAAGCUCUGAUCAGGAUCUGCUGCUUGAUGUUCCAUCUAACGGGUCAUUCCCGCAAGCUGAGGCCGAGCUCCUCUGCCCAGCCUCUAGUUAUGCUUCCCAACAAGCAAGUGCAAGUAGUAGUUCUAUACCUCUAUCUCAUUUCCGUCCUUGACAAAUACUUCUAAGCAACUCUUUCCACCCACAGUCAGUGGUCAAUGCCAUCCGAAUCCAUAGAACAAAUUUUCUUUGGAUGCUGUUUAAUAGUUUUGUUAUGAUCCGCCAUCUCCCCUCCCCUCAAAGUGCCUAUUUUGAACUUGGAUUGGUAAGGGGAUUAUGUGCGUUGCUCUUUUUGUAUAGGUUGAUGACGAAAGCUUGUAGCAUAUAUAGCCAUAAUGCAGAAGAGAUGAUCAGAUUUUGGGUCUUGUAUGCAGUUUAGUUUCUUAUAGCUGACAUAUGACAUCCUUUUCGGGUGCAUUAUGUUGUAAGAAUGUAAGGGAAGUACAUAACUUCCCGGUUACAGAAGCUAAGGGAAAGGAACUCUCUUAGGUUCCUGUAAACAAAGGUCAUCUUCAUUCAUAUAUAUGGAGAGUUAAUAUAGUUGCAAAGGCUUUGCA